CUGGCAAAUUUUGGAACCAUGGAAAAACGCCGCUAGCCUGAGCUGCCAAAGUGCGUGUUACCGAUAUAUUUUUCUAUUUCCGUUCGGUCUUCAGUCGGUUUCAAAGAGUCGAUCGAAAAAAUGUUUCGCCGAGAAGGUGCUGACGAUCUCUCGCUGAUCAACCAUUUGCAGCAUCGCAACGUAGCUGAGCUGCUAAGCACACACAUUCCUGACCAUGAAGCUCUUUUACUGAGUGAUGGAAAGCUGACUUGUGUAAUUUGCUCAAACAGACCGGUUUUUGACACUAUCGAGGUGCUUGCUAUCCAUCGCUCUGGAAAAAAACACAUACAAGAGCUGGCAAAGCACUUGCAUCACAAAGCCGAGUUGGAGACGAAAGCUACCCAAGACUCAAAAGAGUCGCAUGUGCUGGCCGGACUGACCACCAAAGACUUGGCCACCUCGGAACUGCUUCGAAGAACUCCGAGCAACAGUCGCAGGUUCAACCAGUCCAGACGCCUUUCAAUCGAAACUGCCACACCUCAGACCAACGUCCUGACGACUCCUCCGGACACAACCUUCAACCCUAACAACCUGGUUCGCAAAUACCUUCGCAGCAUCGAGCGCAGUCGUUCCAUCGCCAAGACCAUCGAAGAGUCCAGGGACAGCUAUGGGGAAAUUAUGUCCUCCGCCAACCAGAGCACUGCUGAGGAGGGACCUUUGGUUAGGCCCAGAGGCGUCAAAAGGAAAAAAUCGGCCUCGGAGCCAACAAAAGAGAUGCAGACUGAUCCUGAAAACAGGAGUGGCUGGAAGGUGAACAAAGAGGGCAAGUGGGAGAGAGACCCUGAGGCUGAGUUUGAAUCAGACGAGGAUGAAGAGGAUGAAGAAGAAAUUUGAGCAACUGAUUUAAUUCCUACAGUAAGUUACUAUUUUGCUGAUGAUUCCGUUGUGCCUUAAUCGUGAAUUGGUGUUAUCGUAAAACUUCAAACCAUGGCAAUUAACUAAAAAUAUAAUCUUCAAAACUGUCUUAAUAUUCCAACGACUUUCAAUAUAUUUUUAUAAAACAAGCAAUAGGAACCACAAAUUCUUUAUUUUUUCAUUCCAAGUUACAGUUCGGCGAGCAGUCUUUAAUAUGAAUUUAUCGUUUUGAAUGCUGGACAGUCAGUUGCAAUGACACAGAGUUUAUUUUAGUAAUAUGUAUGCGCUUUUUUUAUUUGAUGGCUCUGGUCAAAAAGUCUCAAUUCAUGUCGCAGGCUUCGCUAACUUGCUACUAUUUGAAAGAAUUUAAAAAUGCUGCUUUCUCUACUAAAGAAUUUUGAUUGAAUUAAUUUUUUGCAUUCCCAAAACUUUUGGACGCCAAAAUUUUACAAAAAUCAAUGUUCAUCAUUGAAUAUCGUAUUAUUGCUGUGAGGGCAAAGGAAUUUUUGCAUAAAAAAUACUAAAAAUUUUUAUCUGUCUGUAUCGGUCUGUAUGCUUUUCUGCUGCCAGCGCUGCUGUUUUAUGCUUAAUUUUAAAGUGGCAACAAAAUGAGACAAUUUCACAUUAUUAAUUAAAUGUAACAACUUCCAAGUUAAUUUUUAUUGCAUUGGUUGCUUUGAAUAUACAAUUUGUAAAGAAAACAAACUAUUCACUUUUUAGAGGUGCGAGUUUCAAUCUAUUGUAUUUUAAAGUUUCGGAACGAUCAAGAACAUUAAAAACUCUACUUCUGCGUGCAUUUUUAAUAUCUGGCACUCCAAAUUCCUUAACCAGAGAGCGACUGGGGUACGUCCACUUGUCUGCAUCAUUAUUUAUAAAAACAUGUCCAGUGAUGUUGAUCUCCCCUGGCACCCGAAGGGUA